UAGUAUUUCUCCCUGUUUCAUUAAAACCUAGAAAGAUGAAAUCAGUGAUAAAGAAGGAAAAAUAAAAUGCACAAAGUAAUUUUUUGUGUCUGUUUCUUUCUAACCCAGCAUAGAGAGGAAACUAUGUCCUUACCUCUACCCAUCUCCAUAUCAGAAAUGGAACCAAAUGGCACCUUCAACAACAACAACAAGAACUGUACAGUUGAAAACUUCAAGAGAGAAUUUUACCCAAUCGUAUACCUGAUAAUAUUUGUCUGGGGAUCCUUGGGAAAUGGCCUUUCCAUAUAUGUUUUCCUGCAGCCUCAUAAGAAGUCCACAUCUGUGAACGUUUUCAUGCUAAACCUGGCCAUUUCAGAUCUCUUGUUCAUAAGCACACUUCCCUUCAGGGCUGACUAUUACCUCAGAGGCUCCAACUGGAUUUUUGGGGACCUGACCUGCAGGAUUAUGUCUUAUUCUUUGUAUGUCAACAUGUACAGCGGCAUUUAUUUCCUGACUGUGUUGAGUGUUGUCCGUUUCCUGGCAACUGUUCACCCUUUUCGGCUUCUCCAUGUCACCAGCAUCAGGAGUGCCUGGAUCCUGUGUGGGAUCAUAUGGAUGUUCAUGAUGGCUUCCUCAAUAAUGCUUCUGAAGAAUGGCUCUGAGCAGAAGGGCAAUGUCACCUUAUGUUUAGAGCUGAAUCUCCAUAAAGUUACCAAAUUGCAGAUCAUGAACGUUAUUGCCUUGGUUGUGGGCUUCCUGCUGCCAUUCUUCACGCUCAGCAUCUGUUACCUGAUGAUCAUUCGAGUCCUGUUAAAGGUGGAGGUCCCAGAAUCAGGGCUGCGGGCUUCUCACAGGAAGGCGCUGAUCACCAUCAUCAUUGCCUUGAUCAUCUUCCUCCUGUGUUUCCUGCCCUAUCAUACACUGAGGACCGUCCACCUGAUCUCGUGGGAAAUGGAUAUAUGCAAAGAGGCGCUGCAUAAAGCCGUGAUCGUCACGCUGGCCUUGGCGGCAGCCAACAGCUGCUUCAAUCCUUUGCUCUAUUACUUUGCUGGGGAGAAUUUUAAGGGCAGACUAAAGGCUGCACUAAGAAAACAUUAUCCACAGAAGCCAAAGACAAAGUGCAGCUUUUCUGUUUGUGUGUGGUUGAAAAAGGAAACAAGAGUGUAAGGAGUUAUUAGGUGGUGCCUGUUUUUGUAUCCUCGUGUCCACCGUCCAUCACUCACAGUCUCCAAAUAACUUUGUAUUUACACCAUUGCCAUCUAGAGUCAAUCUCAAUAUUUAAUCCACCAUGACUUUUGUUAAUAAGACAUACUUCAAAAAAUUUAUUAGGUAUAUUUUCAGUGAUUGAGUCUUUUUGAGAGAGAUAGGAGGAAAAAUCCCGACUGGAGUCUUACAGGCUGAAAUGUCAGACUGGUGAAAAAAAUGCAAAGCACAGUGUAUUCUGGAUCAGAUCUCUGGCCCAUCAGGUAUUCCAAAUUCUUAACUUGAAGACAGCUCCAACUUCUCCAGCUUCUUCAGUUUCUCUUCCCUCUCCAAUCCCCUGAGAUAUGAC